CUGAAAGGUCCACAUCUGUUUCAGCACGCAUUUCAAUUAUUACAGUAUCCUUCUGCUUGAGAUAUUCAGCUGGGUAUUCAUUGAUAUAAAUGAGAAGAGGGGAGCUAGAAAGCACCCCACUGAUCGUAGCCUAUAUCUACACCCAGUAGGAGUGAAGUGCAUCAGUGCUAUCAGAUACGGAUCAUACCGUCCAAAGUCGCUUCAUUCCCAUAAUAUCCAUAUAUUCAACCUGCAAACUAACAAGCUUCUACUAUCAAAGUUCUUUCCUCUCCUCCAUUCCAUCUGACCAGCGCUACUCACCCACCGCAGCACCCGAGAUCAAUCUCUCCACGAAUAGAACUAACCCUCUUCAACCAUGUCUGACUCCAACGAAUGCAUCACUGCCUACCCCAACGUCAAACCCAGUCCCCAACCCCGAACCCCCGGUGCGGCCUCGACAAUAACUUCGACCCGCCCGCCAACUCCCCCCAACUCGAGUUCUGGCUCCAGAGGCAGCCGUAUCUACAAGAAUACGAGGGCCAGGACCUGCUCAAGGGCAAGGACGCAUUGAUUAAUGACACGCGGGUUACCAAGCGGAUGGUGGAGAGGGAGAGGUGGAAGUGUAUGCUGGCACCUGCGGAUCUGCAGGAGGAAACGAAGUAUCGAGAGGUUAUAGAGGACGCCAAAGUCAACCUCCAAACCGCCGAAUCCACCUUCUGCACCAAUCUCCUCGCUCCCUUCGCCCUCCCACACACCCCGCGGCAGUAUCAUCGUCAACUCCGCCUCCAUCGCCGCCUACCCCGGCGACUAGGGGGGCAUGGAGGGGUUGGAGGGAGGGGACAGACGCCGUUGGAGAGGGCGGGGAUGCUGGUGAAGAUUGCGGGGGCGUAUGUGUUGUGGGGAGUCCGUUAG